AAACUUUCUAUACAGUCGAAUUUUAUUUCAAAUUCAGUCAACUUCCAACAGAAAAGAACAAGAAGGAAAAAUGUCUGGAAAAAUUGCAGUAUUUGUUUUGGCCAUGAUGAUCUGCAGUUUUGGAUUAACCAGGGCAAAGUCUCUUGAGUCUCGUGACCAAUCUGAAGAAGUCUCAAAAAACUUUGAUAACAAUGAUCAGGAAAAAAUUUUCUGGUGGGUUCCUAUCGUGAAAGAAAUUGUUCAAGCAGUAAAGAGAGGUGACCAAUCUGAAGAUGCUUCAAAAACAUUUGACAACAAAGAUCAGGAAAAAAUUUUCUGGUGGGUUCCUAUCGUGAAAGAAAUUGUUCAAGCAGUAAAGAGAGGUGACCAAUCUGAAGAUGCUUCAAAAACAUUUGACAACAAAGAUCAGGAAAAAAUUUUCUGGUGGGUUCCUAUCGUGAAAGAAAUUGUUCAAGCAGUAAAGAGAGGUGACCAAUCUGAAGAUGCUUCAAAAACAUUUGACAACAAAGAUCAGGAAAAAUUCGUUUGGUGGAUUCCUUUAGUGGAAGAAAUUGUUCAAGCAGUAAAGAGAGGUGACCAAUCUGAAGAUGCUUCGAAAACAUUUGACAACAAAGAUCAGGAAAAGUUCGUGUGGUGGAUUCCUUUAGUAGAAGAAAUUGUUCAAGCAGUAAAGAGAGGUGACCAAUCUGAAGAUGCUUCGAAAACAUUUGACAACAAAGAUCAGGAAAAAUUUGUGUGGUGGAUUCCUUUAGUGGAAGAAAUUGUUCAAGCAGUAAAGAGAGGUGACCAGUCUGAAGAAGUCUCAAAAAACUUUGAUAACAAUGAUCCGGAAAAAAUUUUCUGGUGGGUUCCUAUCGUGAAAGAAAUUGUUCAAGCAGUAAAGAAAGGUGACCAAUCGGAAGAUGCUUCGAAAACAUUUGACAACAAAGAUCAGGAAAAAUUUGUGUGGUGGAUUCCUUUAGUGGAAGAAAUUGUUCAAGCAGUAAAGAGAGGUGACCAAUCUGAAGAAGUCUCAAAAAACUUUGAUAACAAUGAUCAAGAAAAAAUUUUCUGGUGGGUUCCUAUCGUGAAAGAAAUUGUUCAAGCAGUAAAGAGAGGUGACCAAUCUGAAGAUGCUUCAAAAACAUUUGACAACAAAGAUCAGGAAAAAAUUUUCUGGUGGGUUCCUAUCGUGAAAGAAAUUGUUCAAGCAGUAAAGAGAGGUGACCAAUCUGAAGAUGCUUCAAAAACAUUUGACAACAAAGAUCAGGAAAAAAUUUUCUGGUGGGUUCCUAUCGUGAAAGAAAUUGUUCAAGCAGUAAAGAGAGGUGACCAAUCUGAAGAUGCUUCAAAAACAUUUGACAACAAAGAUCAGGAAAAAAUUUUCUGGUGGGUUCCUAUCGUGAAAGAAAUUGUUCAAGCAGUAAAGAGAGGUGACCAAUCUGAAGAUGCUUCAAAAACAUUUGACAACAAAGAUCAGGAAAAAAUUUUCUGGUGGGUUCCUAUCGUGAAAGAAAUUGUUCAAGCAGUAAAGAGAGGUGACCAAUCUGAAGAUGCUUCAAAAACAUUUGACAACAAAGAUCAGGAAAAAAUUUUCUGGUGGGUUCCUAUCGUGAAAGAAAUUGUUCAAGCAGUAAAGAGAGGUGACCAAUCUGAAGAUGCUUCAAAAACAUUUGACAACAAAGAUCAGGAAAAAAUUUUCUGGUGGGUUCCUAUCGUGAAAGAAAUUGUUCAAGCAGUAAAGAGAGGUGACCAAUCUGAAGAUGCUUCAAAAACAUUUGACAACAAAGAUCAGGAAAAAAUUUUCUGGUGGGUUCCUAUCGUGAAAGAAAUUGUUCAAGCAGUAAAGAGAGGUGACCAAUCUGAAGAUGCUUCAAAAACAUUUGACAACAAAGAUCAGGAAAAAUUCGUUUGGUGGAUUCCUUUAGUGGAAGAAAUUGUUCAAGCAGUAAAGAGAGGUGACCAAUCUGAAGAUGCUUCGAAAACAUUUGACAACAAAGAUCAGGAAAAAUUCGUGUGGUGGAUUCCUUUAGUAGAAGAAAUUGUUCAAGCAGUAAAGAGAGGUGACCAAUCUGAAAAAUCCUCGAAAACCUUGGACAACAAAGAUCAGAAAAAAAUUUUCUGGUGGAUUCCUAUCGUGAAAAAAAUUGUUCAUGCAAUAGAGAGAGGCAAAGGUGACCAAUCUGAAGAAGUCUCAAAAAACUUUGAUAACAAUGAUCAGGAAAAAAUUUUCUGGUGGGUUCCUAUCGUGAAAGAAAUUGUUCAAGCAGUAAAGAGAGGUGACCAAUCUGAAGAUGCUUCGAAAACAUUUGACAACAAAGAUCAGGAAAAAUUUGUGUGGUGGAUUCCUUUAGUGGAAGAAAUUGUUCAAGCAGUAAAGAGAGGUGACCAAUCUGAAGAUGCUUCAAAAACAUUUGACAACAAAGAUCAAGAAAAAUUUGUGUGGUGGAUUCCUUUAGUGGAAGAAAUUGUUCAAGCAGUAAAGAGAGGUGACCAAUCUGAAGAUGCUUCAAAAACAUUUGACAACGAAGAUCAGGAAAAAUUCGUUUGGUGGAUUCCUUUAGUGGAAGAAAUUGUUAAAGCAGUAAAGAGAGUUUUCUCAUUUGCAGGUUAAGUCUUAUUCAGCAAAUUUGAAAAUACAGAUGACGAUUCAAUGAUGACCCGUGUCUACUUCCGAUUUUGAUUUACAUAUUUUCUCGUGUGAAAUUUAACCUAAUUAUUCAGAAUAAAUUACAUCAAAGCAUG